CCCUAAUGCUCGCUAACGGAAAUUCUUUGGUUAACUUUUUCCAAAUCCUAUCGACCAACGUAAAGCGGCGACCAAACUUAUGAUCUGUUGCAGCUGGAAAGCUUGGUUCCGCAUAUAUAUAAGGCCGGAUGUGUUCAGUUAUCCUCUUUUCUUUCUUUUAAACGAGAACGAAAGCAUCCUCUAUCCAACCUAUCAACAAACACUGCACUUACAUCUUUUGCCACAUGCCGACUGCUUGGGGAGAUUGUCCACCUUUGCCUCAGGGCACCACCUUUGUGAACGGUACCGUUGAGCAGAAGCUUGACCGACUUGCUAUCCGAGAGAUCUGUGAGGGCUGGCCUACCCACCGAGAUGCCCAGGAAUGGCCCCGAUACCGAUCCCUGUUUGACGACGAUGCUUACAUCUUUACCACUUGGUCUGGUGGCUGCACCAUCGACGAAUUCAUCGAAGUUUCUAAAAAGGGUUUCCAUAACGGUGACAGGAUCAUGCAUCAAGCUAUCGGUACUACUGUCGAGACCAAAGGGGACCGCGCGGUCGCCAAGAUGAAGGCUGUCAUCACCCAGAGGUUCAAGCUCCCCGCUCAAGACGGAAAUGAUGAAGUUGAAGUCGAUGUUGAGUGCCAAAACAGAUUUACCUACUUCCUGCAGAAGAACUCUGCUGGUGACUGGAAGAUUAAUUAUUACAAGGUGUUUUACGAAAAGGACCACAUGAUUCCCGUCAACCCUCUCCAGUUACCCAAGCUUGAUAACAAGCUUCUUGAAUCAAUUCCCUACGGCUACAGAUUCCUUGGCUACUGCCAGUCCCUUAUCGGACACAAAGUCUUACAUGAUUUGCCAGAGGCCAAAGGUGCGGAGAGCGAUAGGCUGUACGAAGCCACCGUUGCUUGGAUGGACGGGAAGGGGAAAGGGGAUGUGGACAAGCUGUUGAAGAUUAACAGAAAAUAAAUGUACAGUCAGAAGUCCAUAUGAAUAUAUAUGAGUCCAC